UGCUGCAGGACAAGGUGCCGACAGAAUGAAACAAGAAUUUAUGAGCACCAGUAAUUUGUGUGGCAUCUCAGUGGAUGAGAUGUCCAAUCAACUGCUGAAUUUCAUGUCUCCAUCCAAUUCAUCCACAUCUCCCCUUGAUACUCCUCCAAAGGCAACUGUAGAUGCAGUUUCUUCUGUUGUCAGCAUGCUUAAGGGCACACUGGAACGCAAAAAACUUGGCAACCAAGCCAAUAAAGGAAACCUAGAAGGAAGUUCUUUUGGCUUUUAUUGUGCUCAACAAGUUCCUGUCAAUUUGAGUUCCAAUCAAGAUGCAGCAAAUCAGGUUCUUGGACAAUCCAGCAACUUUCAACUGGUAUCCUCUGUCCAAAUGCAAGGUUCAGGGAACUUGCCAACAGCUGAGAGGUCUAUAGAACUAAACAUGGAAGGAUUUGUUACUCAAACAAGCCAGAUUCAGAUGGGGACAAUGUCUCAAGAACCUUCACAAAGUGGAUCAUCUGCUGCUGCACCUACAUUUUCAACUGGUUUUGAUGUAUGUGAUGGUCCUGCCCAUUCAGGACAGACUACAUCAGUUUGUGAGAGUUCCAGAAAACAUGUUGGUAAUGGAACUCCAAACCAUGGGAUUAAGGCCAAAGAUUUGUUCCUUUUUUUCUGAAAUGUGGACUCUGAGAUGCUACUACUCGUUCUCAACCAUGAGCAUACAACCCAGCACACUCCUCUGUGGAGGAGUUUUUCAGCAGGAAAGCAUGCAAUUUCGGUUUCCAUAUUCCUAUUUUUCCCUUGAGAACCCACUAUGAAGUUUUCUGAUACCUUAAGAUUUUGCAGGUUUACAAGGAAUGCUGGACUGGUGGCUUCAGGUGGCCAGAAACCUGAAUAUAGUGGGCAACUAUAUCAAAGAACACAUUGAUGACAUUUUAUAUCCUUACCGCAGGCGACCGAAUUAGCGGGUCUAUCCCAACCCGUAUGUUUAAUCUCAACUGGGAAAUAACCAAUGCAAAAGGGGUUAUGGGUGUGUUACUAUUUCCAUUUUCUGCCAUAUCGGUUUAUUCUUGUAACUUGAGAAUAAUGCUUUUGUGAUAGUGCAAGAGACAAAUCGUUUAGAUGUUGCACAUGGAUUCGAUCAUUGCUAAUAGUGAUCAUAAAAGCUGAUCAGAGCAGUUCAUAGGUUAGCUGGAAAGUAUGACCAUAGUUUCCUCAAAACCUUUUGCUUGUGCCCAUGCAAUGUGUUAUCAGCAAUGAGCCAAAACAUGGUGGGUUUAUU